GCGGGCCGCGGCGGGGCAGCCAGCAGGGUGCGCGGCGGAGAGCCGAGGGGGCGGGCUGAGGGGCGGCCCCGGGAGAGCGCGGCCAGGUGGAGGAGGAGCGCGGAGGCCACCGCAGCAUCCACCUGCUCUUCUGCUGCCUGAGCGCCCUGACUGUGCCACCUCAUAGGCCAUGGAGAAUGAGCUGCCAGUCCCCCACACAUCCAGCCGUGCCGGCGUCACCAGCAACACCAGUGGGACGAGUAGUAGCAGUGGCUGCAGCAGCAGCAGCAGCAGUGGUGGUGGCAGCGGCCGCCCCACUGCACCCCAGAUUUCUGUGUACAGUGGUAUUCCUGACCGGCAGACUGUGCAGGUGAUCCAGCAGGCCCUGCACAGGCAGCCCAGCACGGCGGCGCAGUACCUGCAACAGAUGUAUGCUGCACAGCAGCAGCACCUCAUGCUGCAGACAGCGGCCUUGCAGCAGCAACACCACCUGAGCAGUGCACAGCUCCAGAGCCUGGCAGCUGUGCAGCAGGCAAGCCUGGUGGCCAACAGACAAGGAAGUACUUCCGGCAGCAGUGUGUCCUCACAGGCUCCCACCCAGUCUCCUUCACUCAACCUGGCAGCAUCCCCUGCAACAGCCCAGCUCAUCAACAGGGCGCAGAGUGUCAAUUCUGCCACAGCCUCGGGCCUUGCCCAGCAGGCCGUGCUCCUGGGCAACACGUCCUCUCCUGCCCUGACUGCCAGCCAAGCACAGAUGUACCUCAGAGCACAGAUGCUCAUCUUCACGCCCACGGCCACCGUCGCUACUGUACAGCCUGAGCUCAGCACUGGCUCCCCCGCUCGGCCCCCUACCCCAGCCCAGGUGCAGAACCUGACCCUACGAACACAGCAGACACCAGCGGCAGCGACCUCAGGCCCUACCCCCACCCAGCCUGUCCUGCCCAGCUUGGCCCUGAAACCCACAGCCAGCAGUAGCCAGCCUCUACCUGCCCCACCACAGAGCAGAAACACGGCUCAGGGUUCCCCUGCAGGUGCCAAGCCUGCCAUAACUGACAGUGUGGCGGAGCCACUCAAGAAAGGAGACUGUGACAGCAGCGUGUCAGGGAACAUGGAGGGCCGGCCUGGGCUUGGUCGGACAGUUCCUGCUGUGGCUACUCACCCCCUCAUAGCACCAGCUUAUGCUCAACUGCAGCCUCACCAGCUCCUCCCACAGUCGUCACCCAAGCACCCACAGCCUCAGUUUGUGAUCCAGCAGCAGCCACAGUCGUCACAGCAGCCACAGCCACUACGGCCUGCGCCCCAAGUCCAGCCCCAACCCCAGCUUGCCCCAGUCUCCCCAAGCCUGGCCCUACAGUCCAGCCCAGAAGACAACGCCAUGCCUCUGGGCCCAGUUACACCUGCCAUGCCCCUGCAGUGCCCUACUGCCCAUCUGCACAAGCCUGGAGGCAGUCAGCAAUGCCACCUUCCCACACCAGACCCUGGGCCUCAGAAUGGACAUCCUGAGGGUGUGUCCCGUGCCCCUCAGCGAAGGUUCCAGCACACCUCCGCUGUGAUUUUACAGUUGCAGCCUGCUUCUCCAGUGCCCCAACAGUGUGCUUCUGGUGGCUGGGAGGAAGCGGUGCCAGGGGAGAAGAGUGUGCCUGUGACUCGGCCAGGCCCAUCCCCACACCAGCAAGCCAUCAUCACCGCCAUGCCUGGUGGCCUGCCUGUACCCAAGACUCCCAACAUCCAGCAGUGCCCAGCUCACGAGACAGGGCAGGGCAUUGUUCAUGCACUGACCGACCUCAGCAGCCCCGGCAUGACCUCAGGGAACGGAAACUCUGCCUCCAGCAUCGCCGGCACUGCCCCCCAGAAUGGUGAGAAUAAACCACCACAGGCCAUUGUGAAACCCCAAAUCCUGACGCAUGUUAUCGAAGGGUUUGUGAUCCAGGAGGGGGCGGAGCCUUUCCCGGUGGGACGCUCGUCCCUGCUGGUGGGGAAUCUCAAGAAGAAGUAUGCACAGGGGUUCUUGCCUGAGAAGCUUCCACAGCAGGACCACACCACCACCACUGACUCAGAGAUGGAGGAGCCCUACCUGCAAGAAUCCAAAGAGGAAGGUACCCCCCUCAAACUCAAGUGUGAGCUCUGUGGACGGGUGGACUUUGCCUACAAGUUCAAGCGUUCCAAGCGCUUCUGUUCCAUGGCUUGUGCAAAGAGGUAUAAUGUGGGAUGCACCAAACGCGUGGGACUCUUUCACUCAGACAGGAGCAAGCUGCAGAAGGCAGGGACCACAACUCACAACCGCCGACGGGCCAGCAAGGCUGGUCUGCCCACACUUACUAAGGACGCCAAGAAGCAGCCCUCAGGCACUGUACCCCUUUCAGUUACUGCUGCCUUGCAGCUGACACACAGCCAGGAAGACUCCAGCCGGUGCUCAGAUAACUCAAGCUAUGAGGAACCCUUGUCACCCAUAUCAGCCAGCUCCUCCACAUCCCGACGGCGACAAGGCCAGAGGGAUCUAGAGCUCCCUGACAUGCACAUGCGGGACCUGGUGGGCAUGGGACACCACUUCCUACCAAGUGAGCCCACAAAGUGGAACGUAGAAGAUGUCUAUGAAUUCAUCCGCUCUCUGCCCGGGUGCCAGGAGAUCGCAGAGGAGUUCCGUGCCCAGGAGAUUGAUGGACAAGCCCUGCUGCUGCUCAAGGAGGACCACCUGAUGAGUGCCAUGAACAUCAAGCUGGGGCCUGCCCUCAAGAUCUAUGCACGCAUCAGCAUGCUCAAGGACUCCUAGAGUCUCUGCCGCCCGCCCGCCCGCCCGCCCGCGCACCACCGGGCAGCCAGGGUUCCAGCCCCAGGUGGGCACCGCCUCCUGGUGGAGUAGAGCCACACAGACAUUCCUGAGACGCCCGAGAUAGGGCCAGUUGUAGGGAAGGGGCUCUCCCUAGGGGUGCAGCUGUGAGGAGGCCUGAGUACCUCUUCAGUGGCUCUCAGGGGCCAUUUCUGUGGGAGGGGGAGAGAGGUAGGUGGCACAGAAGAUGGGGCUUUGCGCUUGUAAAUACUUAUAGCACUGGCUUCCUCCAAAGUCCCAAUGUUCUAGCCCCCCUCUAAUCCUUUCUCUAUCCCCUGUUUCCAGGGGGUUAAUGGUCAGGGCUCCCCAACCUGAGUUGGGCUACUUCCAAGGGCAGCCAGCAGGCCUGGACAGAGGUCUUGAAAGCCCUUGCCUUCUCUCCCCUCCCCCCUUCUUUCUCCAGGCCUGGUUAACCUUCCGUUGGCAGCUUCUCCCCCUUCAGCCUGUUCCCGUAGCAUUCAGGGGUUCUACCCCUGUAUCCUCUGCAGGUGGAGAGAGAGAAGCUGGGCCCAGUGUGGCCAUGCCUGCUGGCACAGACGCCUUAACGCUGUGUGUAUGACUGUGUGACUGGGAGCCUGGAGUGACAUGCAUGAGCUGCCUCUGGCAUCUCCAGGUGUUUUGUAGCAAACAACCACUCAGUGCUUUGUCCUGGGCUCCACUCAGCCUGAGGCUGGGGCAUGAAAGGAAAGGGCAGACCCCGAGAGUUGGAGGUUAGAGGUCCCCUCCAGAUAGCAGGAGAUUCCUGGGAAGGUCUCCUCACACCAAACUGGCAGUGUGUCCUGCUGGCUGGCAGAAAACCAUAGGAAGCGACCGGGGCUAAACUAUGUGGCCCAAAACCUGAGCCUCUAGUGACAGCUGCCUGCCUACCCUUACACACUCACCCCGCAUGGGAAGGAGUGUGUGACUGAAGACCGGCUGGAGGCCCUGUGGAGGCAGGCAGCCUCUGGCCUUCCACUUCCACACUUGCUUGUAAAACUUGUAUAGCACUAACAGCUACCUAAGGAAGGGCCGGCCGCCUCCGACUUGCCCUGUCCUUACCAACUCUGGGAAGUCAGACUCUUCCCGGAAGGGGCAGACACUUUCUCAGCUUGCUCUGCCCCCUUCCCCAUACCCCCAGGCAGGGUUGGAAAUGAAGGACUUUUUUAACCUUUUUGUUUUGUUUUUAAAAAAUAAAUCUUUAAAAUCUG